AUGGAAUCGGAAGAAAACAAAAUCGCCACUCUUGCCCUGGUAUCAGGGUCAGAUCCAAGCAUCCCAAGCGCAGCUUAUCCAAGGGAUAUCUGGGCUGACUGGGAGAUGCAUAAUUCUUUAACAAAUGCACACUCUUCAAAUGAUUCUAAGCUUUCACCUUUAACAGAUGAGUCACCUCAUGAUACUUCAAAAUUACCUAAAUCCCCCCCCUCCAUGAAUGAGCGAACAAAAAUUUUUAUGGAAAAAAAUUUGAUAGAUAAGUGCUAAUUAGUAUAAUGAAAUAUCUUGCUAAUUCUGUUUAAUUUUAAAAAAAUUGCGUUUUAAAAAAUAAAUUUUACAAAUUAAAUUAAUAUUUGGUUUCCAAUUUUUGCGAAAGUGGGAUUUUUUUAAAAUUUCGAAAAAAAAAUUUUCUAUAAAAAUUUUUAAAAAAAAAAAUUAAUCCCCCUCCGUAAGCGAACAAGAUUUUUUUGUUCGCUCGCGGAGGAGGGGAGUAAGAAAAGAGGAAGGAGGCCUCUUAGACCAUUUGAUCCGAUUAAGAAAAAAACAGAAGAAAAAGACAAGUAUUGGCUUCGAUCAUUCAGAAGUUAUAUGAAGUUUAAUUAUUCAAAAAUUGAACACACUCUUAAUAUACAUGAUAAAAUAUUUUUGCAAGAAUAUUUAAGCUCCAGAGGUAAGCCAGACAAAGUAAACAAGUAUUUAUCCUAUGGGAAGAAAUAUAAAGAUUAUCUUUUUUCUCAUCAGAUAUUCACCAGCCUAUAUAGAGAAUGGUUCAAAAACUAUGGACAUAUAGAGCUUUCGAAGAAAUGCAAAGCUGGAAGCGAUCUAUGGUUCGUCUAUUAUGAUUACGCAUCUAAAGACUUAUUCAAUUACACUGUGGUUCAGAAAGCUGAAGAAGAAAACAAAAAAUCUGAAAGUUCAUCACAAGGACAGCUUAAUGAAAGCAUGAUGAUCCCUGAUUUAGGUAUAUAUUAUUUUUCAGCAUUUUUAAGCUUUUUUGGCAAUAAUAAUGAUAAUAUGAGCAGUUUCAAAUAA